GGGGGGGCGGUGACUCCCUGGCGACGUGUCCCGGGGGGGGCGCUUUCCCGCGGGAUGCGGAGCUGGCGGGCCGCCCUCAGCAGCCCUGCCCUGCUUCCCCAGGUCAUCUGACAGUCUUGUGCUGCAGGACGGGCUCCAAACUGGGAUAAUAAUAACCAUUGCCCCACCGGUGCAGGAAAGCUGCUGGGACGCUUUUUAUUUUUUACUUCACCCCCCCCCCCCUCUGUUGGGGAGGGACGCCAGGAUGGAGAGCAGCUGGGCAUCGUCGGAGUUGGACCUUAAUCAGAUCCGCCUGAUCGUUUACCAGGACUGCGAGCGUAGGGGACGGCAGGUCCUGUUCGACUCCAAGGCCAUCCGGAAGCUAGACGCAGCGGACCAGAAGAACAGCGAUGACGCCCAGACGAAAACGCAAACCAGGUGCUAUAAGGCUCAUCGGAGUGGGGCUUACACCAUCAACGCCCCCGGCGCGCCAGCAGCCUGCCAGCCGUGCGACGGGGAAGCCCUGCCUAGCUACCAGUACACAAGGCCCGCCUCUGAUGUCAACAUGCUUGGCGAGAUGAUGUUCGGCUCCGUCGCCAUGAGCUACAGAGGCUCCACGCUAAAGAUCCACUACAUCCGGUCUCCGCCUCAGCUGAUGGUCAGCAAGGUCUUCUCCACCCGAGUUGGCAGCACCACCGGGAGCACGAGCACGUUACAGGACAGCUUCGAGUACAUCCACCAGGAGCCGGCGGCGGGGAAGUCCUGUCCUAGCCAGAGCGGACUAGCGAGCCAGAACAGCAGCAGCAUAGGGGUCUCGCAGCCCCGCGGCGACAGGCCGCAGCUGGGGCCCCUCCGCCUCGCCCGGAGCGCCUCUUUCUUUGCAGCUCACAGCACCCCGGUAGACAUGCCGAGCAGAGGACACAACGAAGACGGAGACAGCGGCAUCGCCCGAUCAGCCUCCCUCAGCAGCCUGUUGGUCACCCCUCUACCAUCCCCAAGCAGUUCCCUCACCAGCAGCUGUGCCAGCAGCUACCAGCGACGCUGGCUGAGGAGCCAGACCACCAGCCUGGAGAACGGGCCGGUGCCCCGCUGGGGCAACGAGGAGAUAUUCAGCCUAUCGGACGAAAGUUGCAGCUCCAACCCGGCCGUCAUCCGGCGGAAGAAGAUCGCCGUCAGCAUCAUCUUCUCUCUGCCCGAGAAGGAAGAGGAGAACAGGAGCUUCCAGGACUUUUUCUUCUCCCACUUCCCGCUCUUCGAAUCCCACAUGAACAAGCUGAAGACUGCCAUCGAGAAGGCGAUGAUCCUGUGCCGGAGGAUCGCCGAGUCCAGCCAGAGGGUGCAGGUGUACCUGUGCCGCGUCAUGGAUGCCCUGGGGGAGUUCCGGACCACCAUUUGGAAUCUGUACAUGGCCCCCCGCGUCACGGAGCCCGUGUGGCUGACCAUGGUGUCCCAGGCGGCUGAUAAGAGCCCGCUGUGCCAGCGCUUCCUGCAGGAGCUCACCCUGCUGACGGAGCACACGGCCAAGAGCCACUUUCUGGCCGCCCUGCUGACAGCCGUGCUGACGUACCACCUGGCCUGGGUGCCCACCGUCAUGCCCAGUGACCACCCGCCGAUCAAAGCGUUCUCCGAGAAGCAAAGGUCGCAGACUGUGGACAUGCUGGCGAAAUCCCACCCCUACAACCCUCUAUGGGCGCAGCUGGGUGACCUGUAUGGGGCCGUGGGCUCUCCGGUGAGGCUGGCGCGCACCGUGGUGGUGGGGCGGCGCCGGGAACUGGUGCAGCGCGUGCUCCAAGUCCUCACCUACUUCAUCCGCUGCUCAGACCUGCAGGAGAACGUGAUGAGGCACGCCGGGCAGUGUGCUGAAGCCCCCCCCGGGGGGCCCACGCUCACCACCACGCUGGAGAGGGGCGAGGUAGAGCGCUCCGAGUACGUGGUCGUCUCCGUCCGGGAUGACCCCGGAAAACCUAGAGACGCGGAGGCACCGCCCUCUCUUGGGGGCCUUGGAGCGGCACCCAGUUCGGAACCCAGGCACAUGGACGGGGCGGGGGCUUUGGGGGGGCUGCCUCAACAGAGCCCUGACCUGCGGGGGCCUCGGUCAGUCUGCCUGCCCCAGCAGAGUCCGCUGCUGAACAGGGUCCAAUUCCGGAUCGGCAGUGCUGACUCAACGGACUCUGACCUGGAGUCCCGGCAAAGAGAGAUGGACCAGAGCUAUAGGCAGUACAGGGAGAGUUUGGAGGAGUCUUCUGAAACACGUCCUGCAGGGGGCGACCUGGAGGAACCUCCCUCAGACUGUCAGGCCCAGGCGGGCCCUUCGGAACACUUGGUGCAGACACCUGAGUUGGAGCCCUCUAGGAAAACCCCGCCUCCGAAUCCAGAAAGUUCAGCCUCCCGCCUGCAGGGGGCGACAGCGAGGCUGGGCCCGGGCAGGCUUGCUUCCUAUGGGAGUGUUGGCAGGAAGCUGCCUGUCAGACUGACGGGGGACAUACGCAGGAACGAGAGCUCUGACAGCGCCCUGGGGGACAGCGACGAGGAGGAGGCUUCCUCGGAACAGACGGGCAUGCGGAGGGGAACGGAGGCACACGGAGGUCCCAGGGAGGAGCAGGAGCUGCCACUACCCAGGUCUGAAACCUUCAGCAGGCCGGACGUUAAUAAUUUUGGGAGGUCGCUGUUCGGCGGGUACUGUCCGCAGUACAUGCCUGAUUUUGUGCUGCACGGGACCGGCUCGGAUGAGAGGCUCAAGCUGUGUCUGUAUAGCGACUUGGAGCACACAGUACUGCAUCCCGCCUUGGACGAGCCGAUCGCGGAGGCGGUGUGCAUCGUCGCCGACGCUGACAAGCUGACGGUGCAGGUGGCCACGAGCCAGCGGCGGGUGACGGACUCCAGUAAGAUCGGGAAAGACGUGCUGGUGUCUAGCUUGGUCAGUAACCUGCUACACUCCAUACUGCACAUGGCCAAGCUCAACAUCUCCCCAGAUUUCUGUAUCAUGCACCUUGAGAAUCGACUGCAAGAGGUUUACUUCAAGAGCAAGAUGCUGUCCGAGUACUUAAAAGGACAGAAGCGGGUGCACGUGAAGGAGCUUAGCCUGGUACUUGGUAUCGAAUCCAGUGACCUCCCACUGCUUGCAGCUGUGGCCAGCACACACUCCCCCCACGUCGCCCAGAUACUAUUGUAAAUUAACCCCCCCCCCCCCUUCCAAACUGAAGCAUAUGAACAGUUUUCCACUGAGUACGGCACUGGAUUAUGAGAUGAGAGAGCCUGAUUUGUACGUGGUUCAGUCCUUGCAUCCGGUUGUGUUCCAUGGGGCAGGCGGACCUGUUCAAGCAGUAAAACGUCAUACUCACUUCAGGACUUGCUGCUGAAUAGUAUGUCUAAGUUAUCUUUGCUUGUUUAAAUGUUCCUCCUGUUUUCGUGUGCGUUUUUUUUUGAGUACUUUUUAUACAAUGGGACGAAAACACCAAGACAUUUAAGGGAAUGCCUUAUUCAUUGUAAACGUUUACAUAAAUAUUCAGAAUGAGGUUGGCACAGUAAUUGUCUGGUACAGUGUUUUUAAUGUUCUUAAUUUUUAAUGUAUUAACAUUUUUUUUCCUUUGGUGAAAUGGUCACAAUUCAGUAUGCUAAUCUUACUUAUUCAGGUAUGGCUAUUUUUCUGCAGCGUUGGUUUUGUUAAAUCGGGGAGUGUCGAUUUAACUAAAAAAUCUAAAGUAUUUUUUUUUCCGUGGGGGGCAGUCUUAAGUUUUGUGACCAGUGAGAAUCCAUAGGGUGAAUUUCUUACUGCUCAUUUUAAAGCAUACUGAAUGGUGAGUUAUUUAAAAAAAAAAAUGUUUUGUUUUUUUUUUUUUUACUCUAUUUCCGGUGAUGUAUUUUUCAUGAGAUGCACAGUCUUAGAAAUCCGUGGAUCACAUUGAGAGUGCCUUCCGCACGAGGCGAGCGGGCGGGGCCUCACCCGGGUCUCCCUGCGCCUGCCUGCAUUGCAAUGGACGUACAGCCGUGCGCUAACAGGAUUACAAUCACUGUCCGCAUGUCCUGUCACCUGCAUGAUACGGGGAAAGGGAGAGCCUGGCCGGGGUGCUGAUAAACUGGAUUCUGGUCCCUGCGUCCACACGACUGGGGAAGCAAUCCCUCCCGCAGCGGAGACUCUGCGAUCGGCUGUGGCUCCCCCCCCCCCGACCAUGACCCACUGUGACUGGAUGCUGCUUGUCCCUUUAGGUCUUUUAAUCGGGCCUGGUGCGUGGUUCUGACUUUCUAACACUCACGUCGCAAAUGCAGACCAAUUUUUUCUUUUGUACCAUUUCCUACUACCUGACAGGAUUUCCACCCGGAUGUCUUUGCAAAAAAAAAAAAGUCUUUUGAGAAAACUAGUGGCCGUGGAAGCUUCUGUAGUUAUACAUUUUACACGCGUAUUUGGCUUUAAUUCUAGCGAUGAUUCUAAUGCAGAUGAAGCAUUGCGUUUCUAACGUUUUUACACUAAACACUACCUCAGUUUGUCAUCGUUGGAUUGUCGAGUGUUAGCUUUUCGGAAGGUUUCUUGGUUUCCUGUCGUCAUGAAAAAAAGCAAACCAGAAUACUCUAAUACUCUGUGUAUGUGAAUAGAUCUCACUGUAUUAGCACGUACGUGGUUUAGAAAUAACGUAGACUACGAUAAGCAUGAGAUCUGCAUAAUGUGUGUAUGGAGAAAUAUGUAAAUGUUAAGUUCACGAGGCUUAAUUCAAGCUGGUGUUGCUUGUGAUUGAAAUUCUUUUUAUCUUCAUUCAGUAUUGGUUCUUGUUUAUUAAAAUGCUGAUAAUGAACUAUUAUA